AUGAGCUGGCGCCAAGACCUUGAUGGACCAGCAAUGAUGACCACAACCGUACCAUCCAUAUCGGCUGAAUCAACGUCAAGGCCGGACCGCUCGGCACUCAUCCUCUACGCCACCGAGACCGGCACAGCACAAGACAUCGCUUCAUCAUUCCGGCCAUUGCUUGCCCAGCAAAAGUUUACGACCGUCGAAAUCAUACCCUGUGACGACCUGCCUUCUCCCUCUUACCUUCACCACUACUCAAUAUGCAUCUUCGUCAUCGCCACUGCUGGACAGGGUGACAUACCGAACAAUGCGCGCGAGCUGGUGGCUGGGGCGGAGCUGAGUGGCGUGAGGUUUGCUUGUGUAGGCUUGGGCGACCGGGCAUACCUCAAAUUCAACUGGGCGGCAAGGAAGGCGCGGAAGAGACUGAUUCAGCUCGGAGCAGAAGAAGUGGUGAAAGCUUGUGAGGCAGAUGAGAGUGGUGAGGAAGGUGUUGAGGGUGGUGUUAAUGAAUGGCUGGUCGGAUUUGAGGCCUGGUUGACGGAGGAGUGGCCUACAGCGAAUGGUGGCGACCAAGGUCACCUGGUGGUUGAGGAAGGGCCUCAAUGGCUAUUGGAAUCAGCUGACGAGCAUGUGCAUCAGCCACACGCAAACGGCUCAGCUAACGGCGGCCACCUCAAUGGCUCUACGGAGUUACAUGCAUCGUCGCGACCACAACUCGAAGAUGGAAUACCAGCAAUACUCACACUCAACAAAAGACUCACUCCGCCAGAUCACUGGCAAGAUGUCCGUCUCCUUCGCCUUCAAACGCCCUUAGACCUCGACUAUCUUCCUGGCGACGCACUCGCCCUCCUCCCAGAGAACGACCCGGAGGAUGUGAACGCACUCCUAGAUUUGAUGAAUUGGACCGCCGUCGCCGACGUCCCGAUCGUCCUCAAGCCAGCGCCCUCAAACAUGUCCAAUGCCACCGCCACAACAACCAGAACCUACCCGUGCCUUGAGCGCCCUUCCCUUCCCCACCUCACCACGCCCAACUCCUCCCACGACCCCAGCUCACAACCAACAACGACCCUCCGCAACCUACUCACCACCACCCUCGACAUCUCCGCUAUACCCCGACGCUCCUUCUUCCGCACCCUCGCUCGCUACUGCACCCAGGACACCUUCCAACGGGAACGCCUGCUCGAGUUCACCGACCCGCAGUUCCUAGACGAGUACUUUGACUAUGCGACGCGGCCGCGGCGGAGCAUACUAGAGAUUCUGCAGGAGUUCCAGGCUGGGGUGAGAGUGCUUGGCAGCAGGCUCUGGAGAUACUGCCCGUGCUGA